AUGACACAAUCAAUCCACCAGGUUCCUUAUUUUCCAGAUCGCAAUGAGUAUGAAACUCGUAUACUCGGCCAUUUACCGAAAGAGGCCGUGGAAAGAAGUCUUCCCCAUGGUUUUCCGCAGAAACUGACAUCGGAUAUGGCUUGGGAAGGAAUGGAUAUUUCCAUGGAUCAUCCUGCAGGCGAUGAGACGUCAUACCUGCUGGUCCUGAACGAUGUGCAGCUGAAUGAGAUUCAUGCAGCGCUCAGACACUUCCAAAGACUGAGUCAGCCAAUCGAGAGUCUGGGCCCUUCCACGUUUCCUCUGCCUUCUUUACACCCAACUCUCCGAUCCGCAUCCGAUAACUUGCAUUCGGGGUACGGAUUUACCCUCAUUCGCGGAGUCCCAGUGGAUCAAUAUUCUCGUGAAGAAAACAUCAUCAUCUAUGUCGGCAUUUCUGCCCACAUUGCCGUCAUCCGCGGUCGCCAAGAUCAUCAAUUUGAGGGGCACCCCGCAGACGUGAUGAUGGCCCACAUAACCGAUAUGAGGCGCCCGGGGGACGUGCAAGACUUUGCUUUGGCGGCAUAUGCAGACGGAGAGGUGGUGUAUCACACAGAUGUAGGGGAUAUCGUAUCCCUUUUCGUUCUAAGUGGUCCCUUAAAUGGCGGUGAGAGUCUGCUUGCGAGUGCAUGGACAGUGUACAAUGCUCUGGCCGAGACACGCCCAGAUCUGAUCUGUGUAUUGGCGGAGGAUUGGCCGAUACCUAGGUGUGCAAAAAUCCCUAGACUGGCCCUGAUACAUCUAAGAUGGAGCUGA